GCUUUAGCGAAGCAGCAGAGGAGUUAGUGACGAGGACAGCCCAGGCAAAGCCGAAACCAAAGAAGCGGUACAGGCUGAGGAUCGCCCCGAAGAUCGAGAGGUUGAGGGAAGAGUGGCCCCGGCUUAGCUUCAGUGAAAGGACUGCUCGAAAGACAGAACUUCGCAAGUCGGGUCUUAUCCCGCCUGGGUCCGUUGGAGAACACAUCGUCCGGGAGUUUGCGGAGGCUUGCGACACUUGCGACGAGCGAACAAAGAAGCAGCGUGAGCCAACUCUCCUUGCAGCCAGUCGGGCUGUGAAGAGGCAGAUCCGUGCGCUUCGUUUGAGGACGAGGCGGACGACGAAGGCCAGGGUGACGAGGAGUCGGAUCCUGACGGUGAUCACCGUUCUCUUGGUGGUCGCCAUGGAGGCUUUGAUCCAGGAGCUCCGGGCACAGUUGCAGCAGUCAGGUGAAGCCAUGGCUGCAAUGCAACAGCAGAUGCUGGUGCAAGGCCAGCAGCUGCAGGAGCUACGGGAAGCUCAGGCCGCCAGUUCAAGUGUGGCCCAGGCACCAGUGAGCCCACCGGCCCAGGUUGCUGCUACAGCGCCGGGUCAGGGAGGUGUCUUUGGGCUGCUCCCCUUGGUGGACACAAGAGGGCUCGGAAAGCCUGAGGUGUUUAAAGGAGAUCCAGCAACCUUCAACGACUGGGUCUUCAUCCUUCGGAGCUACAUGGGGGCGAUGGACAGGAGGUACCAAGCCUUACUCCAGAAGGCCGAGUCGUCGGAAAUCCAACUUUGGAACCGACUUCUCACUGAGGAGGAGCAAGGGCUGUCGACUCAGCUCUACUACGUCCUGGUGAUGCUCUGCAGGGGACGUGCGCUGGACAAGCUGCACAACUGUGGGGACAAUGAAGGUGUCGAGGCCUAUCGGCAGCUCUACCUGGAGUACAACCCGAAGCUCAACUCCAGAUAUGUGGGUCUGCUCCUGGAGAUCCUGCGCUACAAGUUCGAAGGGGAUUUGGUCAGUUGCAUCGAGUCCUUUGAGCGCAAGGUGAGGGAGUACGAGAAGCAGUCUGGGAAGGACGUGGACGACGAAACCGUCAUCGGGAUUGUCAUUCUGGGAGUGGAAGACCAGACGGUCAAGGAGCACCUCAUUAGGCACUCAUCCAGGCUUGACACCUGGAAGAAGAUGAGAGCGGAGAUCAUGGAGAUUGCCCGCACGCAGAAGUACUUGCAAAGCACGCCUCAACCGAUGGACGUAGGAGGCCUACCAAAGAAGCCGCAUAAGGGUUCCCCGAAGGGCGCCAAGGGUGAUGGAAAAGGCGACAAGGGCAAGAGCACCGGCAAGGACGCUGGCGGAAAGAAGGAUGGAGACAAAGGAGGCAAGGGCGACAAGAAGAAGGGCCCGUGCUUCUACUGUCAGAAACCCGGCCACACAAAGGCCGAGUGCAGGAAGCGAGCCGCGGACUUGAAAAAGGCCGAGAACAAAGGUAGGACGGCUGCAGCAGCCCCGGAAACCCAAGAGGAGCCCGAAAGUGAAGGCCUAGCAGCCUCAACCUUGUGUGUUGCAACUGUAGCAAACCCUGAAACCCACUGUAGGAUCCUUGUAGACACGGGGGCUGGGGGUGGUUUGGCUCCGGUUGGCUUUGACAACAAGGCCGUUGAGGUUGCAGGUGACAGGGUCCGCAUGAACACGGUCACGGGAGAAGCCUUGGAAUUGGGUAAGUGCAAGACUUCGUCGCUCAAGCAUGGGGAUGUGCCAGUUGAGUUUAACUACAGGGAAAGCAACAGCGUCCAGUUUCCUGUUAUCUCCAUGUCAGAAGCCAGUCAAAAGGGAACCUGGUUGGUGGUAGGGCCCUCGCACCAAUUCCUCGUAGGUCGCUGUGGUGGUGAGCAACUCAAGAAAGCUUUGAAGGAAGUCCCAAAAGUUCCUUUAGUGAAGGAUAAAGGUGUCUACUGGUUGGAAGCGACUAUGGGUAAGCCCCAGAACCCUGAAAGGCAUAGGAUCGCAGCUCCAACAGCUCGGGAAGCCAGACCGGAGGUAGCGGAUAGCGCCCCGGGAGUGGAGGUAGCUGACAGCGCCCCACCUGCCCAGGUGGAUGCGAGGCCUCUUGGCGACGCUCCCCUGGAAGAGCCGCCUGAACCUGAAGGAGAGGCCGGGCGUAAGGCUAAGCACAAGAAGGUACCCCCGAGUGUCAGUGCUGAGAUGCGUGCUGAACACGAGUUAACACACCUUCCAUUUCGGAGUUGGUGUGAGUCUUGCGUGGUGGGGAAGGGCACCGAAGACUUCCAUCAAAGGCGCCAAGAAGAAAAGAAAGAGGACGUAGCAAGGUACUGUAUCGACUACUGCUUCUUCACGAAAGCCUUGUCCCAGGAAGCAGCUUCCACUGACGCCAAGGACAUCCUCGAGGCCAAAGCUGGUGCCAAGGCCGUUUUGGUUUGCAGGGACCAAAAGUCAGGGGCUCUGUUUACGGGUGUAGCUAACAGCAAGGGCACCGGGGAUCCGUAUUCCAUGGCUUUUGCGCUAGAAGGGAUGAAGUUCUGUGGUCACCCAGACAUGAUAGUUGUUAGCGAUACUGAGCCAGCUAUCAAAAGUUUAGGUGAAGAACUUGUUAAGAGGUACCCCAAGAAAGCAAGCAGUCAACCAGUGCCCAAAGGAGACCACAAGGCCAACGGUGCAGCUGAGCGAGCUAGGCUUCGGGGUAGGACCUACAAGGGCGAAGUUGUUGAGUUUGGAGAGGUCGUUCUGUUCCGUAUUUCGAAUCAGAACUUAAGAAAGCUUGAGGAUCGUUGGUCAUGUGGGGUUUGGCUAGGCAAAAGUUUGAGCAACGAUGAGCACUUCGUGGCAACAGCCAACGGCAUCCAGAGGUGUCGCUCGGUUCGUAGGCGAGUUGAGGCCAAGCGCUUUGACCCCACGUUUGUUCUGAGGAUGGUAGGCGCACCUUGGCAGCCUCGAGGCACGCCAGAAAGGACCCCCGAUGCUCCGGGAAGACCCUUGCCAGCUGGAAGGUUGGAGGGUGUAGUGCCUAAACCUCGUGGUGUGUACAUCACGGUUGAAAGACAGAUCAAGCAUGGUAGGACACCAGGCUGCCCUGGGUGCGAUACCUCUUACGGUGACGCCCCAGUCAAGCACAAUGCCACGUGCAGAGCCAGGUUUGAAAAGCUGUGCAGGGCACCUGUGGUUGCGGAAACAGCGCCCGGGGACGACACAGUUGAGCCAUCAAGCAAUGGAGGGGAUGAUCCGAUGGGUGCCGGCCCUGGCCCCUCGGAUAAGCAGGCAAGUUCAGAGGCCGCGGGUAGUCGCGCCUCUGGGUCUGGCUCGGUGGCUGCCGGUUCUGGCGCCCCGAGUGAAAGAAAGCGAGGUGGGUUGGACCUUAGCGACAGCCCCCUCAAGGAGGCCAGGACCUCGGAACCUGCUCGGGCCUCAGACAGCCCAAGGUCCCCUAGCAGAAAGCGUGAAGCGGAAGGCAAACCGGAGGAGGUUGAAGAAGAAAUGGUGGCAGGAUUGCCAACAAUGCACGUGGCGGCCAUGGUGAUCAGUGACAGAAUGAUCGCAUCAGCAGCGAAGGAGCUCGAGAAACCGGUCUACGAUGAGAAGACUGGAAAGUUGCUGGACCCCGAGAAGGUGAAGAUCGGGAGGAUGAAAGAGAUGACCAAGAUGGAGUCCUUUGGAGUCAAAGGCGACAUCACAUAUGAUGAAGCCAAGGCGAAGGGGCUCAGACUGGUGAAAUCCAGGUGGAUCGACACCGAGAAGGAGAUCGAAGGGAAGCCUGGAGUCAGGAGUCGCUUGGUCGCUCAGGAAGUGAACACUUACAAGCGAGAAGAUGUAUCGAUGGGAACGCCUCCCAUUCGAGUGCAUCGAGCUGUGAUUUCGCACGCAGCCACAGCGAGGCCCGGUGAGAGCAAGAGCAAGAAGCUGAUCGGAAGAUAUGAUGUGAGCGUGGCCUUCUUCCACGCCGACAACAGCGAAAAGAUUGGGGUAAUUCCCCCGGCGUCAGAAGGAACUCCCAACAUCAUCUGGGAGUUGCACAAGGCGAUGAACGGAACCCGGGAAGCCUCUAGGCAAUGGGGAGUGAAGAUCCGUGAGGUGAAAACAAGACACAAUUUCGACGAGCUGCUGUUGUGCCCCAACACCUACUACUUGAAAGAGCAUGAUCUAUGCUUGUCGUGCCACGGUGACGAUUUCCUGGCGAGUGGAGAAAGAGAAGCUCUCGACAUGCUGGACAAGAUCAUGGAGGAGAACUACGAGGUGAAAGUGCUACCGAGAAUCGGUGACCCAGCUCAUGGAGGGGAAGUCUCAGAAGGACGCCAUCUUGGGCGCCUGAUCAAGUGGACAGGCUCAGGAUUUACCUGGGAAUGCGACCCCAAGUUUGCCCCACAAGUCAUCGAGGAACUCGAGCUAAAAGGGUGCAAAGGAGUUGACACUCCUGCUUCGAAGGCCACAGGCGUGGGAAACAGAGAAGUGGAGAAGGAGCUCAGCCGUGAGAGGGCCGAGGUCUUCAGACGAGUGACUGGCACCAUCCUUUACAUGGCAGUCGACCGUCCCUCGUUGCAGUACGCAGCAAGUGAACUGGCUGAAGGGAUGAGCAAGCCCUUGGAGAUUCAUUGGCUAAGGCUGAAGCGCGUCGGAAAGUACAUUGCCAAGUACCCCGUCGAGAAAUGGCACUUCGAAUUGCAAGAAGCACCUGCGCAGCUAGAGUCCUUUUCAGACUCAGACUGGGCAACAGAUCGCAGAACCAGAAGGUCUAUGAGUUCCACGUAUCAGAGGUUUGGGAAGCACCUCCUAGACACGAGCUGUGGUCGACAAAGUCUCGUGGCCCUAUCGUCGGGCGAGGCCGAGUUCUAUGCCAUGGUCAAGACAGCAGCAGAAGGAAAGCUUACAACAGAGAUCCUCCGACACUUUGGUUGGAAGGUCGAGCACCGAGUGCUGAGCGAUAGCUCGGCCGCCAGGUCGAUGGCACAGAGGGUAGGGUGUGGAAAAGUCAAGCACUUAUCCCUGAAGGAGAUGUGGAUACAGCAAGCAGUUCGAAACAAAGAACUUUCCAUAGGCAAAGUGGAUACGCUCAUGAACAUCUCGGAUCUUGGCACGAAGGCUUUAGAAGCAGCCAGAAUGGACUCGCUGAUGAAGCAGCUGCCCUUGGAAAGGGGCAUCGUGGCAGCUGUGGUCAGCUGCUGUUUGGAGAAAGUCCAAGCAGCUCCAGUUCAGAGUGAAGAGGUCUGGUGGUUGAACCUUUACUUAGGGUUGGUUCACCUGUUGGCCUUGGUUGGGUUGCUGUUUGCCAGCUACAAGGGAGUUGAAGUGCUUUUGAAAGGUUGGCACUGGUUGUGUGGAAGGGGCAAUAGGCCCAGUGUAGCGCAGUCCAGUGCAGCCAUGGCACUCAGUCGUCGUGACACUCCUCGUGGCAGCGGUGCUGAGGAGGCUCAACACAGUGCAGAGGUUCCUACAACACGGAUGCCAUCUGUCCCCGAGGGAACCUCCGUGCUGAGAUCCCCUGCUGGACAGAGUGACAGUGACAGGAUGAGUUUCCGUGGUGACGCCAGAACUGGUGUCGACGAUCGAGUCAGAGUGGUGAGAGAUACCUUGAGCCUGCUCACGGUGGAAGAACUCAAGAGUGGCCUACGAGUGGAAGGGCUCCAGGUGACAGGGUUGAAGCAAGACCUGAUGGAGCGACUUCUGCACAAGUUCGAUGGUGGAGAUGAAUCGCUGUCGGACCGGCCAAGCACCAAGCAGCUGAGGUAUGUGCUCUACAUCCAUCGUCAUCGAGCCCAAUGCCGAAUUCAGUAUGAGAAUCUUCGGACUCGUGAAGAGACUUCGAAGUGGAUCGCCAACUGGAAGGUCUGA